CCCACCAAAAGCCCCAAGCCAAAUCCGCCAUGGCUAUGCUCGCCCGCGCGCGCCUCCCACCUCGCACCCACCUUCCCCCCAUCACCACCGAUGGCGGUGGCGCCGGCGUGGAAUUUCGCCGUAAGAUCCACUUCCUCUCUUCUGAGCUGCACGUCGACCCGUUCCCGCUCCUCGCCAUCAACCCCAUGCUCCGCUCGGCGCCGCUGCCGCUCCUCCGCGAUUCCCUCCGCCUCCUCACCUCCCACGGCCUCACAACCCUCGACGCUGCGCGCGUCUUCUCCGCCUUCCCCUCCCUCCUCACCUCCCCGCCCGAGGAGCCCCUCCGCUUCCUCUCCGCCGAUGCGCCGCUCCCGCCACCGCUCCUCCGCUCCGCGGUGGUCCGGUCCCCACGCCUCCUGGCCGCAUCCGUUCCCGACACGCUCCGCCCCGCGCUGCUCUUCUUCCGCCGCCGCGUAUCGCUCCGUCGGGAGCCGCUCCCUCUCGCCGCCGCGCUGCUCCUUGCUUUCAACGUUGAGCGCACCCUCCUCCCCAAACUCCUAUUCCUCCGUGACGCCACGGGGCUCCCCGACUCUGCCGUCUGUGCGGUUCUCAGGCGUGCGCCCGCCAUCCUCUCCUACGGGAUCGAGACCAACCUCAGGCCUAAGCUAGAGUUCCUCGCGGAGCGCAUGCAGAGGGACCCUGCCGCGGAGCUAGCCGAGUUCCCGCACUACUUUGCAUUCAGUUUGGAGGGGAGGAUCAAGCCGAGGCACGAGGCGUUGAGGGAAAGGGGCAUUGAGAUGCCACUUAAGGAUAUGCUAACAAGCAACGAUGACGAUUUCAGGGAGCGGCUGGUCAACGUGACGCUGUCAGACACUAAGGCAAGGCUGUGAGCUGGCAUUCAGAUGCACCCUAAGCCUUUUUACUGCAUUGCUUAUGAAAUAGCAGUCCUUUGAGUUUGGGUUCUGUGAAGCAAGAUUAUCCAACAAUGUCACCAAAUGGAACCGGCGACAAUUUGGAAUGUAUUUAUGGUUCACAUGUCAAUUCGAAGCUCAGCCUUUGUAAUGUUGAGAUACAUGGAGUUCACCUGGAGAAGCCUGAUUGAAUCUCUGAAUGGAUAUUCACUUGACAUAUAAACAGCGAAGGUAGGUUAAAGUUGAUGUACAGCUAAUGGUCCCAUUGAACUCUAAGUUAUGUUUCCUACAACGUGGAGUAAGAAUGGGCCUGAGGCUUAGUUGUUCGAGAACGAAGGACAAUUAUGAGCAGCUGUGGAUCUCCCUAAACAUAGGUGCUUAGUAAUCAGCCAAAGGAGUUUAGUAGUAGCAUUCUGCUUCUUAUUUUCUUUCUUUUAAUUUUUUUUUAUGGACAUGAAUUUAAGAAUGAAUACACAAAUUUGUUUUUCCUC